UUUUUUCUCUCUUCUUUUACACACACAGACACACAUAUAUACACACACACUCUCUCUCUCUCAAAUUAUUUUGAUAAUCUGUUCGUUGGAAUUUAUACAAUAAGUAUCCUAUCUACACGGGUUUAUAAUAUACAAGCACACGCACACGCACACGCACACGCACACGCACACGCACACGGCGCGGUCAUGUCGUUCCCGUACCAGAAAGUGCUCGUCAUUGGCGCCACCUCGGGGAUUGGGAAAGCGCUCGCCACCAGACUGGUUGAGAAAGGGACGAAGGUUGUGGUUGCGGGGAGACGAAAGGAGAAUCUGGAUGAGUUUGUGCGGGUACAUGGUGGUGAGGGGGAGAAGGUGUCCUCGGCGGUGAUUGAUGUGAUGCAGUUGGAUCAGAUCCCCGAAUUCGCAACCUCCGUAACAACUAGCCACCCGGACCUGGACUGCGUAUUCGUGAACUCGGGCAUCCAGCGGCCCUUCGACUUUACGGACCCCUCGUCCGUGGACCUGGAUGUCUUUGACCAGGAACUCAUAACCAACUACACCUCGGCGGUGCGGCUUACCAAGGCCUUCCUCCCGCACCUGCAGAAACAGCGCACGCAGACGGCGAUCGCAUUCACGUCGUCACAAAUGGGCCUCGUCCCCAUGCUCCGGUGUCCCGGGUACGGGGCGUCCAAGGCGGCGCUGCACCAUUUCGUGCUUGCGCUGCGCACGCAGUUGGAGGAGGGGGCUGGGGAUGUCAAGGUGAUUGAGAUCUAUCCGCCCGCGGUGCAGACGGAGUUGCAUGAUGCGAAGCAUCAGCCGGAUUUAAAGGAUGGGCAUUUGAUUGGGAUGCCGUUGCAGGAGUUUGUGGAUGAGGUGUGGGAGAGGUUGCAGGGCGGGGAGGAUCAGAUCCCUGUGGGUUCGGCGAAGGACUUCUUCAAUGGAUUUGAGGUGAAGAGGCAGGAGAUGUAUAAGAGCAUGACGGAGAUGCUGUCGGGGUUGUUGGAGCAGUUUUUGCGGUAAAUGGGGGAACUGCUGCUGGAACAGGGGUUUGCUAAAGGGCAGUGGGGAUGGG